GGUCCAAUGGUUGUCUAGUCCUGUGACUAGGUGACUCAGGUUGUGUCGAAAUAUCAUAAUCUGUCAGACAGUGUCAACAUCUACGGGCUGUUUUCCUUUCCUCCUCACAUUGGGAGACCAAGGUUCGUGUGAAAGUGAGCCGCAGCAACAUGUACAGCGUCUACACAUCCUCCCAGUCUCCGUCACACCAAACUCAAGCUGAAGAACAGGCUCUGGCACUGCUGCAACACCUGGACAAAAAUGAACUGGAGAGAUUACUUGAAGAUUCAGCUAAGUUGGACGACCUUGUGAAGGAUACACAUCGGCCCUCCGUGAGUGACAAGGAGACACUGCUGACCAGCAACAAGAGUCUGGCAGAGUUCAACCUGACUUUACAGCCUCGAUUGGAUGACCUCAAACGGCAGGUGGCUACAGGUUACGAGGAAAUAAACACCAUAAAGACAAAUCUGGGCAAGGACAAGGCUCAGUUAGAUAUGUUGGUGGGGGAGCAGUCCCUUGACACGAUGUUGGCACUGUUGCAGACUGAAGCUGCUAAAUCUGAGGAGGAGUCUGAGAAAAUGGCUGAGGAUUUCUGUGACAACAAGAUCUCAGUGGAGGAGUUCGUGAACCAAUACAUCAGCCAGAGAACUGUAGCACACACGCGGAAAGUCAAAGUGGACAAAAUGACAGAACUUUUGCGUAACAUGCAUGCAGAGAACCACCCAACACUGCACAGGCAACAGAGUGCAUCAAUGAAUGCAUCCUGGCACGGCUCCAACCCACCAGGGGGCGCCGGUAACAGUCCAGCACCCUACCCCACUAACGGCUCAUUUAGGAUGCCACAACCUGGGUACUACAACCGCUGACGUCUUCUCUGAUCUGGUGGGGAAAAUUGGUGUUGAUCGGUGUGUGAUGGCAAGACUUUAUAAGACUGAGAGAUUACAAGAAUUGAGGGGUUUCAGGCUUCAGUGCACACAUGCAAAAGUGUAACCAUGGUAACAAUAACAUUGACGCUUUGUUGGAAAUUAAUUGUGACUGAGCAUCAAGUCUGUAAGCACGGUAAGAAAGACAAAAAUUAAGUCAUGUUUUUGUCCACUUUCAGUUGGUAUGAAGCGAUAAAACUAGAAAUACAUGUAACUUUGUUUUUCUUCCCAAAUUGGUGUGAGGGGUUUGCUUGCUGGUUUCUUUUAAAACAUUAGUUGUGCUUCAACACCUCACAAAGCAAGACGUACAUGUUAAAGGUUCAGUAUGUGAUAGGAUACAUGAAAAUCUGACAGAUGUCAGUGACUGACACAUGAAUACUAUCCAAGCCAACCUGUAUUUAGUAAUUUUGAUUCAUGUGUGACGGUUACUGCUGAUUAUUGGAAAACAAUGUUAAAUUCACAUACUUUUUUUGCAAUGUGAUUACACAUGGUACGCCAUGGUCCAUCUGAGUCUAGUUGUUGCAGCUGUCCUGGUUAUCAGUUUUGGAUGUUGCUCUGUCAGGUUUAAAGAAACUUUAAAUCUGCAUGCUCAGAAUUUUUGAUUUUCUUAAACCCUUUAUUGUAUUAAAGUUUUGCUGAUUGCUCAAUGCAUGGUUUUAUUUGCAGUAUAGGUCAACUUACUGUACAAUGCCUCAGUGACUCCUGGACAUCUUGUCCAAAGUUAUAAGUAAAUAGGGGCGUGGGUAGCCUAGUGGUUAAAGCAUUUGCUCGUCACACCAAAGGUUCGAUUCCCCACAUGGGUGAGAAUGUGUCAAGCCAAAUUCUGGUGUCCCCGCCAUGAUGUUGCCGGAAUAUUGCUAAAAGCGGUGUAAAACCAUACUCACUCACUGUAAGUAAAUGGUAAUUUCAGAGUGCUUGGAUUGCUCUGUGAGACAUGUCAAUACUUUUAUGCCCAAUUUUAUAACGCUUUUCUUUGAACUUGAAUAUUCAUUGAGUGAAAAUCUUCUUGAGCAUGCUACCUGCUGGUUUGAAAAUGGAGACUUUCCUUUUGGCUGUAGACAUGCUAUCUGACUGACAACUAAUUGUUUAAUUACCUGUGAUAUUAUUGUGACAAUGCAUCCGUAAUGAUCAUGAUAUCUUGUGUCAGAGGAUAUACUAUUUGUAAUGACAUUGAUAUCCAGUGUCAUGGGGUAUUAUACUAUAACAUCUGUAAUGACCUUGAUAUCCUGUGUCACAUGGUAUAACAUCUGUAAUGACCUUGACAUACAGUGUCAUGGGGUAUAACAUCUGUAAUGACCUUGAUAUCCUGUGUCAUGGUAUAACAUCUGUAAUGACAUUGACAUACAGUGUCAUGGGGUAUAACAUCUGUAAUGACCUUGACAUAGUGUCAUGGGUAUAACAUCUGUAAUGACCUUGACAUACAGUGUCAUAGGGUAUAACAUGUGUGAUAGACCUCGACACACAGUGUCAUGGGGUAUAACAUCAAUAAUAACCUUGACAGUGUAUGCCUGUAUUACAUCAGUAGUGAUCAUGAUGACCUCACUAUAGCCUUCAAGCAUUAUGAUAUAUUUUCUGAAGUGGGUUUGUAAAUUGCAUAGCCUGAGCCUAUCCUGCUAUGCUGAUGUUUCCAUGUGUGAGGGUUGCUUGAUGUACAGAGUGCCCACUUACCUGACCUGAGAGAUGUUUGAUUACACAUUCACAGAUGACAAAAUAUGUAUCCAAGAUCGCGUGAUAACUGAACACUUAUGGCACCACAAAAUUGCAGUGAUAUAUAUUUUUCUUGCAUAUUUUGUUUUGAACCAGUGUACUCUAUGCACAACAGUCAAUGCCAUGUACUAACACAAGAAAUACAGGGAUCUGAUGAACUUCCUUCAAUUAUGGAGAAGCUGCUUUCAGUGUUAGUGAUGUAGUUGAAACCAGCAUUAGGCUAGAUCAGCGGUUCAGCUCUGUGUAUCUGUUACUAUAGUUACCUCUCCUCAUUAGAUUGUGUAUUCACAUUCCUCGUUUUCCCUAUGUAAGACCUUGAUGGUUUUUCAACAUCUUCAUUAACCUUGGUAACUGAUCAAAGUGUAACGUAUCCAUAUGAUAUUGCCAAUUUGACAGAAAAAAAACAAUUGUCAAGGAAAAGGGUUAUUGAAGUUAUUGAAAUAAAUAUGUAAGAAACCAAUACAUUAAGUUAGUUUAACAUUUCUGCUUUCCGAGUCAGUCAAUGUUAUUCGAUAGUUUGUGGCGGACAUGUCGUCUGGGACACAGACGUUCGUUAUGCAGAGUUAUGUCCCUUACCUGUGCUCAGAACAUUUAAAAGAUAUCGGGAUUUUAUGUUUCUCAUACUCAUAGGUUUCAACAAAUCUAAAAGUUGUACACAUCUUAGACACGCGUCACUUUAUAUUUUCCCUUUGAACAAGCCGACACAUCUUGAUAUUGCAGAAAUACCUUUUUUAGCCCUAGCUGUAAAGACUACUCCCUCCAUCUGUCAGUACUUCAUAAAGGACGUCAAAAUGUGAUAUUUGAAAUCUGAAUAAUCUAAAUUCAGUUCAUCCAUUAGCCCCCUCAUUACAAUUUUCUCGUCAUUUUGGUUUGAGCAAAUCUUCCUCCUUUUUGAAAUUUGGUUUCGCAUACAAUGCAGGUUGAAGAUUUGAGUCACAGGUCAUGUUAUGUGUUUGGAGUUACCAGCCCUUGUUACUGACGCGAGGCUCUGGAUCUGUGGCUCCAGUCAUAGCUCCCCACAGUGCCAGGUGUCCUGCAACCGUGCAUGGAAUGAACAAUGUUUGGGUAGUAACGCUCACAAAUAAGAGGUGGCUGCUGUAACCCUAAUUCCCCAGGUCAAGCCCAGCUAAUUUGUUAUGUUUAUAAGUUUAUAUUUCGAUUUGAUUUCAACAAGCAAUGUAAGUGGUUCGAGAGAAAUGUAAUGGUGGCAUUAGCUGCUUUUCUGUUCUCACGUCUGCAAUCUCAAACCAACGUGAUGAGAGGCAAACUACGUCAGGCAAUCGUCCACAGUCAACUAAAAUGGCGGUACCAAAGACAUAUACAAAAACAUGUCAGUAUUUGGGGUAAAAGGGAAAUUUUCAAAGAUUCUCGUUACUGAUACUUCAGUGUAUGAAAUAAGCUAAAAACCUAGCCGUAAUGGAUUUAACCAGACCAGACACCAAGAUAUGGUGAAUUUACUCAGAUGUAUGGAACAUAAAAAAUUUGUAGCAGACCAUCGGGCUGGGUAGCUGUAAAUCUAGACCGUCCGUCAGAAAUCUAGCCCGUCUCGGGCGUUCGGACGGGCCUUAUUUCAUACAGUGGAUACUUUCACACUGGUGCUGUGUGUUCCAAUAAGAGACAGUAAUAUACAUUUUGUAUCUAAAUAUGUACAUGCCCUUGUAGAUUACUCGGAAUUAGAAGACAGUGUGAGUGAAUCACUCGAGUAAUGAUUUCUCAGAUAAAAGCUUGAGAGAAAGACCUAAUAUGUCUGGUAUUUGCCCGACUACAAGUAAUCUGCAUCAGGGGCUGAUGUUAAAGGUUGAUGAAUAACAUCAGAUCACACUGAUGAAGGCAUGCCUUAUCUCACCUGAUUUUUACCCUGUUUAUAUCCUUGUUGAUUUGUAUUAUUUCAGUUCUAUUUUUUCCACAUAUACAUGUUCAGGUACCAAGGUAUUUAGGCUAGCCUAACAGUCUCUUUAAUUGGUUCUGUUUUACUGAUCUUCAAUUGUGAAGAUAAUGGAAAGACAUAUUUGAUACAAAUAGUUUUAUUGUAGCAAAUAUUUUUUGCUUAUUACCUUAAUUCGAAUGUGUAUGAGAUGCUUCUUUUACUAUUUAUUCCCUAUUUAUGAUAUUAAUGCGUAAAAUAUUGAUUCCCAUGUUUGAUUUAAUAAUACUCUAAAAUAUACGUUAUUUAUGAUAGCAUAAAUAUUUAGAUGUUGCAAAUAUCAUUUACAUAUCAUAAGAAUUAUGAUAUAUGUGAUAUAUUCUAUUUACCCUGAAAGUGAAGUUUGAAGUUAAAAUGUAUUUUAUGAUACUGCACAUUCAGUAUAGUUAUAUGUAUAAUUCAUGUUAUAAUCAAAUUAGUGAUAUCAUCAAUUUAUCUCUGAAGGGGAAGAGUUCAGUAAAUGUUUUCAGUUUCUUAUCAUCAAUGUUAUGUUUCAAAUUAAUGAUCACACUAAUUUAAAAAUCACUUUAUCAUUUUGUGAUAUCAGUGAUUCCAUGUAUUUAUAUUUAAACUACAUUAGUUCAUUGUCAGAAAUAUGAUAUCAGUUAUUGAAGUAUUGAUAUCAUAAAGAGGGAAUAAAGAGUAAAACAGUGUCCACUGUGAGCGAGGAUACAACCUGCUGCCUGAAACACAGGCCCUGGCAAGUCCAUGUUUGGUGAUAAUGUAUCAUGUCUUUGUGAAUAAAUUAUUUUUAAAACUGA